AUGACCUCGCUCAACUCCCUCCAUGAUACCCUAUCUCCCCUGCUAUCGCCGUUACACCCUUCCUUCCCAUUCGCACCGAUAGAUAUCAUAGGUGCGAUGAGAUUGUCCUCAGUGAUCAACUGGAUAGCUACCGGUGUAUUCGAUCCUCAGCCGAUAAGUAAAGGUAAGAAAGGGAUCAAGAAAGAGAGAGCAAGUAUAUGGCAGGAGUUGGCUGGAUUGAUGAUCGUUGUAUUUGGAGGUGAAACGUUUUUAGCGAUGUGUACUGGAACCACACCUUCCUGGCUUGUCACCCCAAACAUAGCUGUGUUGUUCUGUGCGAUACAUAUAUUGCAAACUCGAACACCCUUCAUCCAUCUACUCCCUACCGGCCCUUCCCUCCCCGUAGAACUCCUACUAGCCAUCCCAGACGCUAUAGGUCGUACCCUUCUCCUCACCCGCUUCUCCAUCAUCCCCCUCCUUUACCCCUCUUCACCAUCCGUCAAGACCCUACCAGCAACUUCAGUAAGCCUUGUACUGGUCCCAUUCAUACUGGCAGUCCCAUUCGCUUCUAUCGCAUUUAGCACGUUCAACUUCUUCUCGCCUAGCCUCAAACUCACUACGCCCGUCGAGCUGAAACCUUACGGGUGGAUGUUGGUCGAUACCUGGUGUCCACUCUUGAUCUCACCUUUAUUCUUAACCCUCAUCGGUCCAGUAGAAGGAUGGGAUAUAGGAUUAGGAUGGGGAGAGAACGAAAGUGUCAUCUGCUGUAUGGUCGUCCUGUGGGCGUGUUUCGCGGGUAGAGCCAUCUACAAUUUUGGGUAUAGGAAGGAACAUUGGUUAGAGAUGUUUGGAGUAAGAGGGGAGAAGAAGAAGACGGAAUGA